UGAAAUUAUUAUACAGCUCACAGAAAAUCCCAUUCCCCCAUGUACCAAUGACUUCUUACUAAGAAUAGAUAGGAAGCGAGUGUCUCAAAUAUCCCUUUAAAUCUCAAGAAAAAAGCUUCCUUUCGCUUCAGCUUUUCAAUGGCAGAACCCAAGAGGUAUGUCACAUCUGAAGAGCUCAAAACUCACAACAAACCAGGGGAUCUGUGGAUCUGUAUACAGGGAAAAGUUUAUGACGUCUCAGAGUGGAUGAAAACCCACCCUGGUGGUGACCUGCCAUUGUUGAAUCUUGCUGGUCAAGACGUCACCGAUGCUUACGUCGCUCUUCAUCCAUCCACUGCUUGGCAAUAUCUCGACAAGUUCUUCAAUGGGUAUUAUCUCAAAGACUACGCCGUUUCCGAGAUCUCCAAAGAUUACAGAAAGCUUUACUUCGAAUUCACAAAAAUGGGUUUGUUCGAAAAGAAAGGGCAUGGAGUUUUGAUAUCCAUGGUCGUCAUAGCAAUGAUGUUCUCCGUGUGUGUUUAUGGUGUUUUAUUCAGCCAGAGUGCUUUUGUUCAUUUGAUUUGCGGUGGAUUAAUGGGGUUUCUUUGGAUUCAAAGUGGGUGGCUAGGCCAUGAUUCCGGCCACUAUCAGAUAAUGAUGGAUCGGAAAUUCAAUCGUUUUGCUCAGAUCUUGACCGGAAAUUGUCUCGCCGGAAUCAGCAUUGCGUGGUGGAAGAGAAACCACACUGCACAUCAUAUCGCUGUUAACAGUCUUGAAUAUGAUCCUGACCUUCAACACAUACCAGUGUUCGCGGUUUCUUCAAAAUUCUUCGACUCUCUUACAUCCAAAUACUACGAAAGAAAACUAAACUUCGAUUCUAUAACCAGGUUCCUUGUUAGCUACCAACAUUUAACAUACUACCCUGUUAUGUGUGUAGCUAGACUCAACCUCUUCGCUCAAUCUUUCGUGUUGCUUUUAUCGAGCACAAAGGUACCCAAUAGAGGCCAAGAGCUUUUCGGGCUUCUAGUGUUUUGGAUAUGGUAUCCUCUGCUUGUUUCUUGCUUACCCAACUGGAGUGAAAGAGUGAUGUUCGUGUUAGCGAGUUUUUCAGUCACUGGGAUUCAACAUGUUCAGUUUACUUUAAACCAUUUCUCUUCAACUGUUUACGUGGGUGAACCAAGUGGAAACGAUUGGUUCGAGAAGCAAACCAAUGGCACACUCAACAUCACCUGUUCAUCAUUCAUGGACUGGUUUCAUGGUGGGCUUCAGUUUCAGAUCGAGCAUCAUCUCUUUCCAAGGUUGCCAAGAUGUCACUAUAGAAAAAUAUCUCCGAUUGUGAAGGAUUUAUGUAAGAAACAUGGUUUGCCUUAUGAUUCUGCCUCCUUCUUCAAGGCCAAUGAGAUGACGAUUGCGACCCUGAGGAACGCUGCUCUACAGGCUCGUGAUUUGACGAAGCCUGUCCCUAAAAAUCUUGUCUGGGAAGCUGUAAACAGUCAUGGCUAAGGUUAAACGAAGAGGGUGUUGGUUUAUUUAUGCUUAUGGUGUUGUUCUGUUUUUGGAUUCAACCUCAUUCUUUGGUUAUCCAGGGUAAUUCGUUGGUUCUACACUUCUACUUUAUUUGUUGAUGUUUAAUAAUGUGUUUUGUUUUUGCUAUUGAGAUGAUCAUAGCUAUGUAGACGAUGGAUCAUGGAUGGUUUUACUUUGUAGUUAAAGGAUAAAUUUAGUGAAAAUGAUCAAAGUUUGGUUGCUUUUGGUCUUCGUAA